AUAAUGAAGACUGUGUUUUCCCAUGAGUAGCAUACGGUUAUAGCUAUAGCGCAUCGGAUUUCGGAUACUCGCCGACCGCUGUGAUAAACUUAUUUCGUCUACCCGUAAUAAACUGUAAUAUAUUUUUUUCUCAUUCCAAAUCCUCUUUACGACCCGUCGUGUUAUUCGGCCGGUCCGUUUGAAUGAGCCGUCAGUACUUGGUGUAAAACGAAGAAAACCCAACAGACUAUGGCGUUCAAGAGAGACGUCCUGGAAAACGUCCGAGAGGACGAUUUCGUCGAAUAUCUCCUAUUUCCCGGUCCCUCGACGAAUCUGACAGAGCUGAAAGUCAACGUUGACUCUUUCACUGCACAGAAGACGAAAAAUUACAUCUGGCAGAAGGACGAAUUUCAAGUGAUCGUUAGAAACACACUUCAAUUGCCACCAAUAGUCGAUAACGAAGAGAAACUGCCUCCUCAUUUAUACGGCGUGACACAUUAUGGUGAGAACAUUGAGGACGAAUGGUUCAUUGUGUAUCUUCUUCUCCAGCUGACAAAGUCAGUACCUGAUUUAAUAGCGAGGGUGACUGAUGUUGACGGGGAAUUUUUGUUGAUCGAAGCUGCAGAUUUCCUGCCAAAGUGGGCCAAUCCUGAAGUCUGUGAUAAAAGGGUCUAUAUUGUGAACGGUGAAGUACAUGUCAUACCUGUGACGAAAGAAUGUGAAACAAUCACCGUGACAGAUGCACUUAAAUGGAUCAGGAUGUACCCGGAGUUGACACGCACUACUGAUGCAAUUCAAAAAGCCAUUGAAAAUCGAGUCAGUGGUUAUCCAGACAAGAUUCAAGAACUUCUCCACCAAACAAACGCUUAUGUCCCAGCAGGAGUUGCGGCUCUGCUUAAAGAAAAGCCAAGCCUUAUUGCUCCCGCGAUUACAUCUUUCUGCUAUAGAGACCCAAUAGACCUUAGAGCUUGUAGAGCGAUGAGAUAUUUUCCUCCUGAGACGAGGGUCAUGACGCAAGUUAAAAUGACAAGAUGUCUUUACGCUAUGCUUGUACAUCAUAAAUACAUACCGGAUAGAAGAACAGGUUGGGAUUUACCACCUGCCAACUCGAAAAAUUACCUGGCACAUUCCCUCGGAGUUAAACUCGCCUGUGGUUUUGAAAUCCUAGUGACGCAAUGCAAAGGUAGAAAGGGGAGUGAAGAUGAUCUCGAAAACGACAAAGGCUGGCAUCGUUAUAAACAAUCGCUCAAUAAUAGAGGAUAUUUCAAAGAUUUGCUUGUGGGAUGUGUCGAGUACAGACAGCUUGAGCAAGAGGCGAAACUGUUCUAUAGAUCUCACUCUACACAACAUUCCCAACCGAGUUCUGGGCAAACCAUUCUGAAUUUGUUGGAUUCAAUCGAACUCGACAUUGAAUCUAUGAAAAAAGCUGAGGAAAACUUGCCUCCACCUGAUGAUGACUCUUGGAUGGAGAUUUCGGCUAAUGAUUUGGAUAAAAUUUUAACUGAAAGAUAUGGUAGCACUGGGAAAUCGUCAGUUAACGACAUUUCCUCCCACCUUAAUUCGUUUUUAGAACAUGUUUCUUCAUUUGAAGGCGCAGAACACCCUAAGGCGAAUAGGGAUUCGGUUCCGCUCAGGCCUAAGCGGAAGGAUCAGGUGAAAUCGACCGAUGAUGAAAACAACAGGAUUUCAUUCGAUCAAGAAGCUUUCUCAUGCGCUGUACAAAACAUACUAGAUUUCUCCGUGCCAGAAGAUAGUUGGGAUUUGGAUUCUGAAGAGUCGGGUAUGAGCUCUUAUGAAGACGAAGUAGAUAUGGAUCUAAGCCGAAAGAAAACAGGAAAAGAGCCCAAUUCUCAAGAAGCCGAAGGUGAGAAAUCCGAGUUUAAGCAGUACAUGGAUCAAAUGGAUAGAGAAUUGUCUACGUCAACUCUGGCGCACAGUUUUCACAAGAGUGCUCCCAAAGGGAUGGAGGAUAGUUUUUCAGACAUAGAAAGCUUCGAACCGGUCGACAUCGACAGAAACGCUCUCAAGAACAUUCUCGAAUCGUACAGAUCGCAGAUGGGCGGAGCUGGGCCGGCGUCUAAUCUGCUCGGACCCAUGGGUGUCAGGCUUGAAGAAGAAUGAACAAAAACAUAAUUCGAAUGUUAAAGGAACACAGUAUACUUAAAAUACUUUGAUAAAUAUUUGGAGUGUAAUUUCAGUAAAAAUUGCUUUUAGACCUGAUCUAUUUAGACUGUAGAAGCUAGAGUGAGUGCACAAUUAUACAAGUAAAUUAAUGAGAAUGGGAAAUUAAUUUCAAUAUUUGGCACUUGCAGAUGUAAUAAUAAAAAAUAUAAAAAAAAUCACAGCCUACACAUAUUCAAAUUUGCUUUGGCUGGGCUGUUUGUUUUACAUUUGACCACAUUUUGCUGCCAGGUCA